UCUGCCGGCAAUCAAAUUGAGUGCAAAGCUCGGUCAAAGCCGAGUAUUCGGACAGCAGGAAAGGUGUGAAGUGUGUGUGUGUGUGCUACGAAUGCAAAAACGGUUUCGAUUUUUGUUCAAUUUUGUCCGUCCUCUGUUUUUGUCUCAAUUUCGCUGGGAGGCCCUAACUUAUUGCAUUAUUUAUGUGCGAGUAGUACGAACGUACGUUUUUUUUCUGGGUUUCUCAGUAAGCCAGCCGUACGCACGCGGGCAGCACCAGAAAAUUGUAUAAACAAAACAGGCAGAAACAGAAAAAAAAACAAGUGUGAGUAUCACCGGUGACAAUCGCAAGUGCAGGGCUCUCUCUGUCUCCGUCUCAUGUCUCAAGUCUCUAGUCUCUACCGCUCACACUCACCCAAAGUUUGCCCAGCCGGGGAAACAAACUCGGCGGCAUUCUCAGUCAAACAACAAACGCAACUGAAGUAACAACGAGUCCGUAGUUUCGCGUACCGCCCCCAAAAAAUAAAAGUGAAAUUCUAUUAGCCCCCCGCUGUCUGUCUCUUUUUGGUAAAAUCAUCGUGUAAUAUCAACGUGUAUUUAGCUAGAAAUCAUCGAAAUCAAAACGAAUAAAAUCCCACCCAAAAAGUUAUGUUAUUUGAUUCCGUGGAAAAACUGUGUUAAGUGCAGUGCUUAAUGUUCCAGCUGCGAAGGGAAGUGAGCGAGAGGUUUGGAGUCUGGGUGCAGCGCCUCCUCGUCAUCGUCCUGCACCUUUGGCAUCGCUCCAGCAUGUCCUUCAUUCGUCGUCGCCACGAGGCGUUCAAGUGGAUUAAACGCCGACUGGCCAGGAGACGCUGUCACGCUGACACGAACAUCGAGGCAGGGCUAGCAGAAGCAGCUGUUUCUGGUUCAGGAGCAGGAGCAGGGUCGGAAUUUGCCGAGAUCUUGGUGCCGAGUGACACGCAAAUCGAUGUUCCUGGUGGGGGAGGGCAGAUCCCAAACCUAGACUUGACCACUGACAGGGACAUGAAAGAGGCCAAAGCAGCGCCCAUAGCUCGCGACGAUGAGGAUCAGGAGGCGGAAGAGGAUCCAGUGGAGGAGCUAGAGGACGAGGAACCUCCAGAGGUGGAGCAGCUGUCCGCGAAUGCUAAUUAUGUGUGCUGUCGAUACCCGGGAACGACAACCUCUACCUCUGCCGCAGCAGCAGCAGCAGCAGCAACAACUUUGAACCGCAGCAAGUCGCGGGUUCAAAAGUACCUCAAGAAGUGCAAACAGCGGCUAACGGGUCAGCCCAAGGUUCCACCUAGCUGUGCCACCACCACAACCACGACCACUAUAACCCUGAUCAGGAAUGGGCCAGCACCCGCGACGAACGAAGAGAGGGAAUCCGAGAAGGAACUGGGUGAGUUGGAGAUUCUGGCUGAGGAGGAAGAUGAGGAUGAGGAUCUGGUGGAGGGCAGUACUGGGUCCUAUACGGAUGCCCUGCCCAUCGACUGCAGUUUGAAUGCCAGCAUUGCCGAGGAACCACAGCAGGCGGUCGACGAGCUGGAGCCGCCAAAGGGGGAGGAAGUCCCUAUGGAGAUAGAGAGUAUCCCCGAUGGAAUCCCUGCGCCAACGCGACUACCCGCCGAUGUGGACGCCACGCUGGCCCAGCUGAUUGACAGCCAUCUGUCGCACAUUUAUCCCGUCUACUGGGCACGCACGCGUGCGAUUUUAAUCCGUCAGGCACGUGAGCAACUCGUGUGCGGAUUCGACGGCAGUUUGGCCCGCUUCGAGCAGCGAUUCCUAUGCAAAUUUGCUCAAAUUGCCACAGAUCUGCGCACGGCCCAUCAAAUUGGCGAGUCCUGGUUAUGGCAUCCCGGCUGGCCUUUGGCAACAUCCAAUGGAGCGCUGGUCUUGCAGCUGAGCGACGCUGAGAUCGCGCACGCACUUCGCCCGGCGGAGCUGUAUCUCUGCAUCAAAUUGGAAUCUUCAACCGAAACCGACGCGGAUUGCAUACCGCGGCUCUAUGCUGUUUGGCGUUCGUCCCGCAAGGAGGAGAGCGUCCAGAGCCAUUGCAUCGACCACGAGAAUCCCGGCCAAUUGCCCCUGAGCGUGCUCCAACUGGAAAUGUCCACGGCAGCGGCGGCACUAAUGGCUUCGGAUUGCGGUGAACUGCCGCAAUUGCUGCAGAAUCUUCUCGUAAGCGUGGAGCGGAGUAUCGAGCGAGUUUCCCUCAACGAGCUGCAGAUGCCGUUGCAUCAUGACCUCGGGGAGGAUUCCCUCGAUGAGGCCAACAAUAAUGGCUGCAACAAUAACCUGAUGGGAUCACCCAAGUGCGCGUUGCGACGCAGCGAUUUGAUAACCAAAAACAAGCUGUUCAACAGCCGUUACAUGCUGAGGCGCUUGACCAAUCGGCAGGACAGCAUGAACUCCACCUCGUCGGGAAAUAGUAAUGUUAGUGACAGGAGCAGCAGCUCCAGUUCCAGUUCGAGUGCUGGCGAGGAGCUCUUGUCUAACAAUUCGGAGGCCAAAAAGAGGAGUAACAGUGGUGGUAAUGAGGCAAGUGGAGCAUCUACCUCGCCGGCAUUACCGCUCUUUUGUCUGGGCAACUCAUUUCCGCACAUUGACAGCGAUGAGGAGGCCAGCGAUAGCAUCGGACCGGGGAAACUCCACAGUCUGGAGACCUGCGAGACCGAGCUACUGCCGCCCAGCUCGAUUGGCGAGCUGCCUGAGAAACUGCUGACCAGCGGCGUCUAUCUACCAGGCACACGCACCCUCCAAGGCGACCCACUUGUGACUGUGGACGCUGCCUGUGUGGCGUCCGCCGGCCUCAAUUGCUACGAGCUGGCCACGCUGCUCCUCUACUACAGUACGAUUCCAGAGCGCAGCACCUGCCCCUUUGCCACCCCGACAACACCCGGAACGACAGCAACAAUCAAUGGCCAUAAAAGCAGCGAACAGCAGCAGCAGCAGCAGCAACAGAAACAGAAACAACAACCCGCCCAACAGACAUUUACCAUUUUAAUUGCCAUCGAGAAGUCUCAACAUUUAUGCGUAAUCGACUUAAUUUGCCAAAGUCUCAGACUCUUAGCCAAGCAAAUUGGCAAUUGUGAAAUUUUGGCCAUUUGUCCCGAUUCAAGUCUGCUGCAAUUGUGCAACGAGCAGCAGCAACAGAAGCAGCAGCAGCAGCAGCAGCAACAACAGCAGCAGAACAAUAACAGUGAUCACCCGGAGCCGACGUCGCCAUCGUCAGUGGAUUUGGUUAAAUUCAUUAGCGUGGACCAAGUCACGACAAGUGUUGCGCCAUCACAGCUGCCCGCUGGAUUGCUGCCCUCCGUGCCCGCCUUAUCCACGCUGGCCGGGAUUAACCAGCGUCAUCACGAUGCCACCAAGUGGCGGGAGUUUUUCGCCCAACUUGAGGCCUUCCAGCGUCAAUGCUCAACGGCCGGCGGUCGUUUGGUAAGUGCCCUCAGCGAAAUACGCGCCGCCGAUCUUCAGGGAUUGCCCACGCGCCGCCAACUUUAUGGUCAACAUCGCGCUCUCAGUCGUGCGCUGAUGGAUUCACAGCUUCACAGUCUUCGUAAGAUGGGUGCUGGCCAAUUGGCCAGGCUUCAGGAUUUGGCCAGGGGCAUAACCUCUGCUCCUGGCUCUAUGCCACGCAUGACGUCACAGCCCCAAUCACCAUCUUCAGGGGCAUUCCUUAACGUGGAUGCCGCCUGUAAGCUGCGCAAGGUGACGCUCCUCUUCAACGAAGUCGAUCGAGCGGCCCAGCGAUUGGAACAGCUGACGGAGCAGCGCCGGGAGAAGCUCAGGCAGUUGACCAGGCAACGGGCUCUCGAGGAUGAGAUCAGGGAGGUCACCUCUUGGCUGGGCAGCGAUGGAGCUGAGAAUCUGCAAAAGUUUUCUCAACUGCAAUGGGACAAUGAGUCACAGCUGAGGACCCAGGAGCAGGACUUUGAGAAGUACUACUUUAUAGCUAUGAAACACUUGGCCAAAGGAAGGGAUCUUCAUGCCGCUGCCCUGAAAGUUUCCGUUCUAAGUGAAAGCGCCAAUAACCUGAAAUCUGCCCUAGAUCAAUUUGCCCAGAAAUUAGAGCUGGCCCACGAGCGUUAUGAAGCCACCGCUCGUCUGCUGCACUUACUCACUCAACAUCAGCGGGAAACUGCUGCCAGGGAUGAGUUGCAGCGUUUGGCGGAGCAACUGGGCGCCACCUCGUUGCUGGAGAAGCACUGGCCAGCGAUGAGGAAGAGUCACUCGUUGCCAGUGGCCAGUAGCACACCAGCUCCAGCGGCUGGCAAAAGAGUUAGCUAUCGUUGCAGUUCGGCCAGUGGCAGCUCCUUUGAAGGAGCUCCUUCGAGCAGCAGUUGCAGUUGCUGGCGGGAAAGUCGCAACCUGGAGGACAUGGACCAGAUGGAGGAGGAGGAUGAGGAACAGGAUCAUGACUGCGACGGUGGUGAUGGAGAGGAGCAGCAGUCCAAGAUUGCCGAUUCUGGAGUAGGCGUUUGUGAUAAUUGCGAACGCAAUCCCAAGCUGGCCAGAAUCUGCUCCUGCCAAAGUCUCAACGAGAAGAGUCAUGAUGAGCUGCUCGAGGACGAGUGCUUCGAUCGGCCCUCCAAGAGAUACAUGGACAUGCACUCGCCCAUGGAGGCGAAUGCCCAUCUGCAGUGCCAUGGCUCCAGUCUAGAGCUGCCCAAGCUAGAAGAGCUCAGUUGCCUGGAUCCCAAAAUACAAAAAACGCUUCUAUUGAUCAUGCGCGAGAUGAUUGGUACCGAACGCGACUAUGUGCGCUCCCUGUACUACGUGAUCGAGAACUAUAUCGAUGAGCUGCUGCGCGAGGAUAUCCCACAACCUCUGAGGGGCCAACGGAAUGUAAUCUUCGGCAACAUAGAAAAGAUCUUCGAGUUCCACAACUCUCACUUUCUGGGCGAACUGGAGCGUUACGAAAGGAAUCCUCUGAAAGUCGGAGCUGCCUUUUUGGAAAUGGAGUCCAAGUUCUAUCUGUAUGCGCUGUACAAUAAGAACAAGCCCAAGAGCGACACUUUGCUAAGCGAAUAUGGUAGCUCCUUCUUCAAGCCCAAGCAAAUGCAGCUCCAGGAUAAGCUAGAUCUGGCAUCAUAUCUCCUGAAACCUGUACAGCGGAUGGGAAAGUAUGCUUUACUGCUGCAGCAAUUGGUCAAAGCAUGCAAGGGAGUCGAAGGAGCAGCUCUGCAAGAAAUUGCUGCAGAUGUCGAGGAGCUGCAGCGAGCGGAGGAAAUGGUCAAGUUCCAGCUGCGCCAUGGAAAUGAUCUACUGGCCAUGGAUUCCCUGCGCGAUUGCGAUGUUAAUGUCAAGGAGCAGGGACGACUGCUGCGCCAAAAUGAGUUCCUCGUUUGGCAGGGACGCGGUGGCAAGAAGACACUGCGACAGGUGUUCCUUUUCGAAGAACUGGUUCUGUUCAGCAAGGCUCGUCGUUUUCCUGAUCACAAGACAACUUAUGAAAGGCUUAAGAAUCUGGACAUCUACAUCUACAAGAACAGCAUAAAAACAUCAGAUAUUGGCCUCACAGCGCACACAGGUGAUUCGGCCACCAAGUUUGAGAUUUGGUUCCGGAAAAGAAAGCCAGAUGACACAUGGAUGCUGCAGUGCAUGUCGGAAGAUAUCAAAAACGCCUGGACCGAGGAGAUCUCCAAACUGCUCUGGAAGCAGGCGAAACGAAACCGAGAAGUUCGUCUGGCGGAGAUGUCCUCGAUGGGCAUUGGCAGUAAACCCUGUCUAGAUAUUCGUCCCAGCAACAACCAGAUCAGCGAUCGCUCCAUUCCACUGGCGCAGCUGAACAAGACUCCUAAGCUGCGUCACUCGGAGCCGGGAAAGGGCAGUAUGCGACGGCCCAAUUCGCUGAUCUCGGAGAGCUCUUUGUCCAGCGGCACCAGCAGUGGCUCCUCCAUCAGCGGUGGCUCCUCAUCGGGACUCCAUGAUGCUGGCGGCAGACAUAGUCUACAUUUUGGCAAGCUACCUGGACCACAUAGCACUAGUUCCACGAACUGCAGUGCCACCUUAGAACUGAUCAACGAAACACAGGCCCUCAAGUUGGGUAAAUCCUCGAGUGGAGGAGGAAUCAAGGGGACGGAAGGAGCUGGCGAGGGAGUCGGCACUUCCGGAAGCGGAAACGGAAAUGGAAACGGACUCGGAAGCAGCAAACGACACCACAAACGAUCGACAACCAUUGUCAGCCAACUGUCCAUGGAAAGCGGCAUUGUCUCCGAUAUAUGCGUAACCCCGGAUCAGGAACAAUCGGCGGCGGAGAGCAGCCGGAGCAGUUGGUCAACAUCAACGACUGGAGCAUCGGGAGCUUCAACGACGAGUGCAUCCACGGUGAUCCUGCGGCGAUAUAGAUCCUAUGCCCAUGCAGCGGAAUCCGCAAGUCCGGACAGCGGCAAAUAGAUGAGCUCCUGGAGCACCGAAUCUAGAAAUAUACAUAUAUAUAUAUAGAAAUCCCCAUUAAUAGCUUUAGCAGAACGGUUUCAUUGGAUCCAGAUAGUAUCAUUACGUUCGAUCGCUAAUUUUAUUUCAUUAUUUUUGUUAUUUAUUAUUUAUUACAUUUUUAGUUUUCGUUAAUUUGUCAUAGUCGCUGCUUUUGGUUUGGCCUCAGUUUUGUUUUUACGGAAAACUCAUUUGAAAUUAUUGAAUUCAGCGUGUCAAUGUCGAAGCAUAUAUUUCACAUAUAGUUCAUAGUCUACGAUCCACACACACACACACACAGAUGGGAGCCAUGAGCACCACCCGAAAAGGGGCGUGACCGAUGCCCAACAUAUCUGAAUCGAAGUUCAUUACGUACAGUUAGUUAAUAUGUAACCUAAGUGCCUACAUUUAAAAUAAUCGUAAACGAACAUAAAAAAUAUAUUUCUAUAUAUAUUAUUAUUAUUAAAUCGAGAA